AUGGAGGUGACAAUUGUCAAGUCAACUAAUUUUGUAGAUGGCCAAGAGUCCUUAUCAGAGUCCUUAUCAGUGGCAAACGCAGCCAAAAUCUUGAGAGAGGAGGCCCUUAAACACGAAAGGGGUCAACCGAUACCCUACGAAAUAGAACGUGCAACUGAUAGAUGGACGUGGCUAAAGCUACAACAGCUCAACAAAGAGGCAACUUUGAACACAGGAGGACGGCCUGCACAUAUUCAACAGGUAUCCAGAAGUAAACGAGAACAAGAAUGUGAUGCACCAUGUCCUAACGCAAAGAUAUUGAAAACAAGUGACCCCCAAGAAAGCCAAAAGACCUCAACUCCCACCCCCAAGAAACAGCAAGCCAACAGAGCCCUGGCUAUGAUGAGGGACUGCCACCUCGCAUGGGACCAGGUCAGGAAAAUUCGAAGGUAUGUUGGAUCGACUAUACCAUCAGAAAGAUCAAUGAGAAAUCAGCAGAAGGAGCUACUAAAGGACUACCUAGAGGGUGAGAUGGUGGAGUUGAUGUUCCCCAGUACUAAAGCUGAUGCGACUCAGGGCUUUGAAAUGCGGAUGGUACCCUACGCCAGCAUUAAUGAUCUUGGCAAGAUGGUGUUUGAUUAUCUUGACAGACUGGAUGAGUGUGGCUCCCUGACCUGGCACAACGGUGUGAUUCCUGCUAGUGAAAUUUUGGUCAAAAUAGGGGGCGAUAAAGGGGGUUCGUCUUUCAAGAUGGAAUAUCAAAUAGUCAAUGUACAGAAUCCAAACAGCCUUCAAAAUACGGUAGUGUUUGCAUGCUAUGAGGGGAAUGACUCAACCCAGAAUUUGAAAAGAACACUACCAAAAAUCGCCAGCCAGAUCAACAAACUGACUGAACAACAAUGGAGAGGGCACACCAUCCGUCUAUUCUGCUUCGGUGACUAUGAGCUCUUAACAAAGCUAUAUGGCAUCCAUGGAGCAAAUGCUCGGCACUGUUGCCUCUACUGCUUGGCCAGCAAGGACGCCAUGCAGAAGCCCAUUGGAGGCAGGGGUCCAUCACCGAAGCGGACACUCCAGUCCUUAUGCCACAACUACAGCCUUUUUGUAGAAGAUGGCUGUAGGAAAACCAGGGCAAGGAUGUGUCCUUCAGCGUCAUUGACUCCCCCAUGCUGA